AUGGCAGCAUCCCCGCAACUUCCCCGGCAUCUUUCCGCUUACCUAUCGAGUCUCACAUCCCGCCCUGAUGUCCAAUCCACUCUCAUACUGUCACGGAAAGAUGGCUCUAUAAUACAAACCACCGGUCUCCUUGCCACACGCCCGACUCUACCCUCCACUACUCCAGUCCCAGCAUCAAUACCCAAUCCGGCCCCCGCCACCUCACCAACUCCAAAGCAGAAAAUGACAGAUCCUGGCAAUAUAGCGGCGGUAGAUUCAGAAGAUACUCCACGACAAGCACAACGCCAGCUGGAGCAGCAACAGCAACAGCUCCAUCAACAAACCCCUGCCGCCCCUUAUAAGCCCAGCCAAGCAGAAACGCUAGCUGCACACAUUUUCUUCUUUGUAUCCAGCGCAUCGGCUCUAAGCACAUCGUUAUCGAAACCACCAUCCUCAAACGAUGAUAGUGGUAACAACAAUGAAAUGAAUUAUGGGGGGUCUGGCAAAAUGGGAACUGCGCGAGGGGUGAAUGGUAACGGACAUGUGAGGAAUGAAAGCGGGGAAAGCGAAGGACACGGACAGGAACGCGAAGAGGAUGACGAGCUAAAGCUGCUCCGACUUCGGACGAAGGUCCAUGAGAUUCUAAUUAUACCGGAUCGGAAGUUCCUGUUGUGUGUUGUGCAUGAUCUUUCCGGCCCGUCUGGUGCUGAAAGUGGUGCUGGACGUGGUGCUAGCGGGGGAGGUGGGUUUAAUCGGUAA